AUGGCUCCUGAGCCAGUGGCCAAGGGGCUACGUGCGGGGAGUCCUGAGAGACGCACCUGUCACCUGGCGCUCCUGCGCCACUGCUCCUGUGUCACCUGUCACCACCCCGUGUCACUGCUGUGUCCCUGCACCUGUCACCGCUCCUCUCUCACCAUUGCUGUGUCCCUGCACCUGUCACCGCUCCUGUGCCACCUCUCCUGUGAGCAGGUGAUGAAGCGGGGGGUGCGUCAGGGUCUGGCUGCUGGGCGGCCCUCACUCACGCCCCCGUGUCCCCUCGGUGCCCAGGUGUACAUCGGCGACCUCCCGCAGGACUUCCUCCGCGUCACGCCCACGCAGCAGCAGCAGCAGGUCCAGCUGGAUGCCCAGGCUGCACAGCAGCUGCAGUGCGGCGGCGCCCUGGGCCCCGUGGGCCGGCUCAGCAUCACCGUGGUGCAGGCCAAGUUGGCAAAGAAUUACGGGAUGACCCGCAUGGAUCCGUACUGCCGGAUACGCCUGGGGUACGCUGUGUAUGAGACCCCAACAGCGCACAAUGGUGCCAAGAACCCACGCUGGAACAAGGUCAUCCAGUGCACAGUGCCCCCGGGCGUGGACUCCUUCUACCUGGAGAUCUUUGAUGAGAGAGCCUUCUCCAUGGACGACCGCAUCGCCUGGACCCACGUCACCAUCCCCGAGUCCCUCAAGCAGGGCCGUGUGGAGGACGAGUGGUACAGCCUCAGUGGGCGGCAGGGCGAUGACAAGGAGGGCAUGAUCAACCUGGUCCUGUCCUACACGUCACUGCCGGCUGCCAUGAUGACGCCGCCACAGCCCGUGGUCCUGCUGCCCACCGUGUACCAGCAGGGUGUCGGCUACGUGCCUAUCACAGGGAUGCCUGCCGUCUGCAGCCCGGGCAUGGUGCCCGUGGCCAUGUCGCCGCCAGCCCUGCCUGUGCAGCCGCGCUGUAGCGAGGAGGACCUGAAAGCCAUCCAGGACAUGUUCCCCAACAUGGACAAGGAGGUGGUCCGCUCCGUGCUGGAGGCCCAGCGGGGCAGCAGGGAUGCCGCCAUCAACUCCCUGCUGCAGAUGGGCGAGGAGUCCUAG